AUGGAUUCGAGUAAUUUAAAACAUUAUUUAAAUAAUGCUAUAAAUUAUCUUGUUGAAGCGCAAUUGAUAUGUUAUGAUUGUUCAUUAAAGAUUAACACUCAGAGGAAACAAUUAUCUGGAUGGCAAAACAAAGUUAGGAAGAUUGUUUUUAUUCAAGAUUGUAUAAUUAAACAAAGUGAAUAUCUUUACGAAAAUGUGUUGCAUGGUAGAAUUGAAAACUCCUUAUUAAAGGGAGAAUGGUCGAAAGAUUCGCUUAAUCAAUUGACAGAAGAUAUGGAAUUUUGGCAAAGUAAGAUCGAAGAAAAAAUGAAGGAAUUGAAAAAUACUGAGAAUGUUUUGGUAAAGCCACAGAACAAAAGUGGUGCGGUUACACUGGCUGAUUAUGUUACUGGUGAAAAUAUAACUUUGUUAAGAGAUAAAAUUAAAGAAAUUCCAAGUAUAAAGAAACAUAUUAACAAUAUCCAUAUUCAAUAUGAUGAACUAAAUUUAACGAUUAAAAAUAAAUUAAUAGAUAAUAGAUUAAAUGAAUUAAAAUCUCUAAUUAGGAAAGAAUUAAAUCCUUAUUCAAAUAAAGAUUUAAUUUCAAUGUUUACUUUAUACCCAAAACAAUUGAGUGAUUUAGAAGAUGAUUUAGGAACAAUAUUAUUAUCCUUAACCAAUCAUUUUGACAGAUGUAAAAUGUUAUUUGAAAAUGGACAAAAAAAGGAAAAUAAUUCAGAUUCUCUUGCUGAUAAUAAAAAGGAAAGUAAUAAUUAUAUGGAACUAUAUAAAAUUGUGAAAAAGGAUGAUGAAGAAUUACCUUCAAUAUUAAAUACAGUAAAAGAAGUUAUUAAUGAUGUGAAUAUAUCAUUAAACAAAUCCCGAAAGUUUUUAACUGAAAAAGAAAAUAUUGUACAUCAUGUCAAGAGCAAGAUUAACAAAAUAUUGAGUGAUUUAAAGAAAUAUAAUGAAUAUCUUAUUGUAUUUCAAGAUAUAUACAAUCUUAUAAACAAUUUUAAGGAUUCAUGUAAACAAGAUAUGAAAAUAAUACAUGACUUAUUUGAUUUCUAUGAACAGUUCCAAAAAAGUUAUAAGAAUCUGUUGAAAGAAGCAGAUAGGAGACGUAAAAUCAGUCUAGAAAUACAAUCCAUAUUAAGAGAAUGUGAAAAUGAAUUAAAGAAGUUAGAAAUUGAGGAUAUAUCUAAACGUAAAAGAUUUUUAGAAGAUAAUGGCAACUUCCUACCUGGCAAUAUAUGGCCAAAUGAAAUCGAUAACUUUGAAUCACUUUAUACAAUAGAAUAUUCAAUCAAAAAACUUUAA